GAUAAAACAAAAAGCAUUUUGCGCUUCUAACUACAGAGUAAACUGCGUGUUCGAGCAUGACAGGGACCAUGAAGAAGUUUUAUGAUCUGUCCGCCAAGCUUUUGUCAGGGGACCUCCUGAAUUUUUCGUCUCUCAAAGGGAAAGUUGUGCUUAUUGAAAAUGUGGCGUCGCUCUGAGGCACAACAGUCAGGGAUUACACUCAGAUGAACGAGCUCCACAGUCGAUAUGCUGAUCAGGGGCUGGUUAUUCUGGGCGCUCCCUGCAACCAGUUCGGACAUCAGGAGAACUGCAAGAAUGAUGAAAUCCUGAAGUCUCUGAAGUACGUCCGUCCUGGAAAUGGCUUCGAGCCCAAAUUCCAGCUUCUGGAGAAGCUAGAAGUGAACGGUGAGAACGCCCACCCUCUGUUUGUGUUCCUGAAAGAGAAGCUGCCUCAGCCCAGUGACGACGCUGUGUCCCUGAUGGGUGAUCCCAAACUCAUCAUCUGGAGUCCCGUGAACCGGAAUGACAUCGCCUGGAACUUUGAGAAGUUCCUCAUCGGCCCGGACGGAGAACCGUUCAAGCGGUACAGCAGAAGGUUCCUCACCAGCGACAUUGAAGCAGAUAUCAAAGAGCUUCUCAAGAGGACGAAGUAAACCUGGCAGGCGGCCUUCUCGUGUUUGGCCACGCUAGAUAGUCUGUCCACUGCAUAUCACGUGAAGCCAUAAGAUUGUUGUUUGAUAUAAGCCGACUGUGCAGACAUGAUUAAAGUGCGACUGUUUUUUAGACAUUUUACUUAAUGAAGAUGCUUCCUAAAACCUUUCUGAGGGAAGUUUCUGAUGUAGCUGUAAAGGUUUAUUAUAAUAGUUGUGUUUUAUCCAUGAAUUGCACGGCUCAGGUUUUGUCUUUCAACUGUUAACUGAAAAUAAAAAUUUAAAAAAAAAAUCCUAUUGUUCCUUAUUUCACAAUUUACAAAA